AUGCGUCUUUCAAUUGGACUUGCUCUUGUUUUUGCUGCAAUUGCUUUCGUACAAGGCAAGCCGCUGCUCAAUCAACUUGUUUCUCAAGCUAAUCUUCCUAAUCAGCUCAACGGUAUCCAAGAUUUCCUCGGUCAAUAUCAAGGUGUACUCAACCAGCUUCAAGGUUUAGUCAACGGUGUUUCGGCAGCUCAGUUGCAAGCACUCGUCCAACAGGCUGCCAACAAUGUCUCGUCUGCUCAGUUGCAAUCAAUUGUUCAACAAGCUUCUCAACUUGCUCAAAGUGUUCUCAGUGGACAAGUCGAUGUAAACACAGCUCUCAAUCAAGUAUCGAAUUUCGUUCAGCAACUGCUUAGCGGUAGUGCCGGUCUCACUCGUCCAGCCAAUGUUAAAGCUCUCCCAUUGAAUGGCGUUCAAGAUCUUCUUAACCAAUACGCAAAUAUACUCAGCCAAUUCCAAGGUCUCGGUGAACAAGUUGCUAACGCUCUUUCACAAGCUCAAUUACAAACACUUGGUCAACAGGUAGCUCAACUCGCUCAAAGCGUUGUCAGUGGUCAAGUUGGUGCGAGCGCAGCUGGAAGCCAAUUGUUGGCUUUAGUUCAGCAAUAUCUUGACUCUAACGCUCAGCUAUACAAUGCUGUUGCUAAUGCUGUCCAACAAUUGCUUAACGUUGUUGAAGGAAAUUGA